AUGCAGCAAGCUCCCCUACGGCUGUCCCAGACAUUAUGGUCCACCUUUCGAGCUGCGAAGCCUGUCCACCGAUCCCUCGCAACCCCCCGUCGAUUCUCCUCAGUGGUACGUCCGAGUGCGCAGCCAUGGGUGCGCCAACGGCCGGCAAUAGCUGUCCGAGCUCGAUUUUAUAGCGAGAAGAAGUCGGAUAUUAGUCGAGAGAUAGAGGAUGCGAAGGGUCGAAUAGACGAGAGCCUCGACUCAAGAGCGGAUGCGGCGGCGCAGAUGCAAGACAAGCUCAAGCACCCUCAAGAUGAAACCAUUGUCCACACCAUUCCCGAGUCCUCCUCAAUAGUACAUGCCUCCAAACACGAGGAACAUAAGACCCCUGAGAAGCCAGAACCAGCGCAGUCCUCCAGUUCAUCCAGUAAAUCCCAGCCGUCCACCAUCUCCACUCGCUACACAGACCUUCAACAGCGUUUUGGACAUUUCAUGGACAACUUCCAAACCCAUGUCUUCACGGCUUCACGCCGCCUCAAUGACCUAACAGGCUACUCAGGAAUCGAAGCAUUAAAGACGGAUAUAGAACACCAAGAAUCCGUGGUGCAGGAAUGUCGUGCAGCAGUCAAGAACGCUCGGGAGCGAUACACCGAAGCAAUCGCGAAGCGUAGUACUACGCAACGUGAAGUCAACGACUUGCUGCACAGGAAGCAUACGUGGUCGCCCGCAGACUUGGAGAGAUUCACCAGCCUAUACCGGUCCGAUCACGCUAACGAGCAAGCUGAAUCUGCCGCGCAAAAGGAAGUAAGCGACGCAGAAGCCCGGUACGAGGAAGCUUCCACGAAGCUUGCAAAGGCCAUCUUAGCUCGGUAUCACGAAGAACAAAUCUGGAGUGACAAGAUACGGCAGAUGUCCACGUGGGGCACGUGGGGAUUAAUGGGCAUCAAUGUGCUAUUGUUCCUCAUCUUCCAGGUCGUCCUGGAACCGUGGCGGAGGAGACGGCUGGUGAAAGGCUUUGAGGAGAAGGUGGAGCUGGCACUGAAAGAGAGGGAGGAAGAGACCACCACCAAAAUGGCAGCAGUGGUCGAGCCGAAUCAAACCAUGGCGGAAGCUGCUGCCGCGAGCAGCAUGACAGCGGGCGAGAAAGUCGAUGCAGUAGCAGACAACAUUGCAGAACAGAUCGUCGAUGCUGUGACGGGUUCGACAUCAGACGAGAAAGUUCCAACGACACCACCGCCAUUAUCGAAUAUCGAAGCAGCAGCCGAAACUCUCACGGCACGUGAACUUGAAGCCGAAGAGACUGGAGUGCCCGCAGGCGCCCCAGAUGGACUUCCAGCUGAUGAGAUGCCGUCACAGCAACCGCAGCCCCCCAUCAACGGGUCAUUCUCACGCUGGACAUCGCCCGACUCUCGACUCGCUUGGUACGAAGACUCCCUGAGACGGCUGUUCAGCGACGACCACAAGAUCCUCGUGUCGCAGCGCGACUUGACCACUGUGGCCAUGGAGGGCGUCGCCGGCGGCAUGGCCAUCAUGGGCCUCUUGUUCGUGCUCCUCCGGCCCCGGUAG